AUGGGACCUCUUUCACACCCACAACGUCCACACGCCUCCUUUCAUCCCCCACACUCCCGUACGCGAACCCCCACACCCUUAAACACCAAGACUACACCCACAAACACCUACACACCAUCCAAUGCAUCGCCUCGCACCCGCAUAACAUACCGCAAAAAUAAUCCCACCUUUACAAUCCCCCCUUCUAGAUGCCCCCACAAUCCCCCCUUCCAGAUGCCCCCACAAUCAGCCCUUCCAGACGCCCCCACAAUCCCCCCAAUUCCCCCUCUAGGCGCCCCCACCAGCAUCCCUACAGCCCCCAAGUGUGGCCGGGGCGGAGAGGCACUUUAUUCCGGCCUCCCCAAGGGCGUUCCUCGGCCUCUCUGGGGAGCAAUUCCCGCGGGUGAAUAG